GCAAGCACGAUUUCCCCUACAUCGAAGAUCCUGUAUAAAUAGCGAGCAAGGAACACAGUAUCGCACAAUUCAUUGGCGAGUGGCAGAACACGGAAGACGAUAUAAGAAGUUUGGAUCUCCACUGCGACAAACCUAACGUAAAAUGCAGACCACGGAUCAAGAAUUCGAAAUUCUUGUUUCAACAAGUGGAAAAUUUGCAGCUGGGACGGAUGCUAAAGUGUUCAUCAAACUCUUUGGAUCAGAUGGAGAAAGUGAUGAAAUUGAACUUAUAGAUAACACGAAAGGGAAGAGGCUUUUCGAAGCUGGAAGCGAUGACAAAUUUACUGUCAAAGUUGGCAAGGCAAUCGGGAUCAUUACAAAGAUAGCUGUUCGACACGACGAUUCCGGGCACUUUUCGGGAUGGCAUUUGAACAAGGUUACUAUCAAAGACAUAACAACGAGCAGAAACUACAACUUUCACUGCAACAGAUGGCUAGCAAAGGACGAAGGCGAUAAAAAGAUUGCAAUUGAGAUCGAAAACCUAGCCCUGCAGAUCGUCAAAGUUGAUCAGAAAGAUGAGAAAAACAGGCCUCUGCAUAACACCAUCAAGUUUAUUUCAAAGCAGCUCAUUGUUCGAAGAGGACAAACCUUCUUUAUAGACGUUCAUUUGACUAGGCCGUACAAACCAGAAGAAGAUAACUUCUACAUCUCGCUAAAGACUGGUAAUAAGCCAAGAGAAUUCGAUAAAUCGUUUGUGCAUAUUCCCAAAGUCGAAGAAUUUGAUGCAUUAAAUCAGAAAUGGGCCUACAAAGUAAUUGGCAUGAAAGAAAACAUUCUGAACUUGGAGGUCAACUGUCCGGUAGAUGCACUGCCAGCCAAAUAUGAAAUUGCAUUUGAGGACGACGAUUAUAUACUCUAUCAACAUCCAAAUUCGUUGUUCAUCUUGUUCAACCCAUGGAACAAAGCUGACGAUGUUUUCAUGAAGGACGACGAGGACAGAAGGGAAUACGUUCUUCGCCAACACGGAGUUAUCUACACUGGAAGCAGCAAGUACCAAAGUGGAAAGGACUGGUACUUCGGCCAGUUUGAAGACGUAUCCCUCGAGUGCACGUUCUAUUUGCUGAGUCUGACGAAACCAUCGGGUAGAGACAGUGUAAUUGAAGUUACCAGAAGGAUGUCAUCGCUGGUAAACAGCUGCGACAAUAGAGGUUUGCUGGUUGGGAACUGGUCAGGUGACUACGAAGGCGGAAAAUCGCCGCUCUAUUGGACAAGCAGCCCACCAAUAUUUGAAGAAUACAUGAAAGAAAAGAAGUCAGUCAAAUUUGGUCAAUGCUGGGUUUUCAGCGCACUUCUCACAACAGUGUUGCGAACUCUCGGGAUUCCAUGCCGCUCAGUGACAAACUUCAACUCGGCACAUGAUACCAAUGCCAACGUCAGCAAAGAUAUUUACUUGGACGAAGACGGCAAACAGAUUGAUGGCAUGACUUCAGACAGUAUUUGGAACUUCCAUUGCUGGAACGAUGCAUGGAUGGCAAGGCCAGAUCUCAAGCCUGGGUAUGGAGGAUGGCAAGCAGUUGAUGCAACUCCACAAGAAAGGAGCGAAGGCAAAUAUCAAUGUGGACCAUGCAGUCUUAAAGCGAUCAAAGAAGGCGAGGUAGAUUUCCCUCACGAUGGCAAAUUCAUUUUGGCUGAAGUGAAUAGUGACGUGCUAUAUCAUCAGAAGGACGAGAAUGGCAAAUGGGAAGUGGUGCGUGCAAACAGAACCCACGUUGGCAAGAAAAUAAGUACCAAAAUUGUUGGGAAGAGGUCAAGACAAGACAUAACAAAUGAGUACAAAUUUCCUGAAAACUCGGUUCUGGAAAGAGCAACAGUGAGAAGAGCAAUGGACAAGGCAGGAAACAUGCAUGUGAGAAGCACACCAAAAACACUUGAAAUGAAAGCGAGGCCACAAGAGUCUAAUAUUGAGAUUGGCGACGACAUUAAUGUCGAUGUUUUCUUGAAGAACACAGGGGAGCAAGACCUCACGCUUAAACUUAUAGUCGGAGGAAACAUAGUGAGGUACAACGGGGUGUCGAAAGGUGAGCUGGGAUAUAAACGACUCAAUGAGAAGAUCGGUGCACAGGAAGAAAAGAAGAUAACAGUCAAUUUGAAAGCAAGUGGGUACAUGGGACACUUGAAUGAGUAUUCCAUGAUUCGAUUGUUCAUAACAUGCACUGCAAAAGAGACACGUCAGGUCUGCACAACAAGCAAAAUCGUGGAAAUAAGGAAGCCUGAACUCGUAUUCAGAGAUGUUCCAAGCGAGGUUGAAUUAGAUAAAGAAGUCACAUUGAAGGUUCAAUUUGCAAACCCUCUUGACGUUGCCUUGCAAAAUGGAAUGAUUCAUCUGGAUGGCACACUGAUGAAAGAAAGAAUUUCAGCAGAAUUCAGAAACAUUGGUGGAAAAAAGUCUUCAGAACUGGCUAUCAAGAUCACCCCAAAUACCAAGCCGGGUACAAGAAGUUUGCUGGCAACAUUCAGCUCAAAGCAGCUAGCAGGAUUGCACGCUUCACUCAACUUCAAAGUUGUCUGAACUAACAAACAAUGGGUAACAUUUACAGUUUUUGAUUCAACUACAUUUAUUCAAUGUUUGUGAUUUAUAAUUACGUAUUUUCAAGUUAAGAAUUAGCUCGUACAAUUGUUAUAAUCUUAACCUAUCAACUGAGGUGCAUUCUUUGUAUAUAAGUAUUUAGGAGGCUUGCAAAUUUGAUUUAGAAAGACCAUUUGCAGCCGUUUCUUGAAUCAGGUCGAAAAACAAAGAAAUUAUACCUAUCCUAUCCACUUGAUAGAAAUACCAGUUUUUCUACAUAAGAAAACAACACUUUUUAGGUCUCCAGAACGAACUUGUGUCCCGAUUGCCAAGAACAUCUUACUAUUUCAACUAAAUAUCGCCUAUUCAUUAUAAUGCUAAUCAAACAUUAAGAUAAGACAUCAAAGCUGCUGUCUUGAGCAUAAUAAACAAGGUAGCCAACAAAAAUAUUAAGAAAACUAUGUAUGAAUACAAAUUGUUACAAUUAGGAGUCGAAUAAGAAUGUAUUCUAAAUCUAUGCAUUGGCUCAGAAAUUGGUGAAUAUCUGGAAAUUCUUAACUAUUUAGAAGAUUUUUGUCAAAUGAUUGUCUCUGCUUUUCAAGUAUCCAAAAACUUCGUAUGAUUGAGAUCUUAACAUUUUAUACUAUAUUAGUUCUACUACUGACUUGACAUAUUGAAAUUAAAUAAUAAUUAAAGUAGUAAUCAACAAAUCUUGAUUUUUUCUAUAAUCCUAUUCUGUAAUUUUCGUGUUUUAGAUAUCGAACUAGACUCAA